UUGUGGGUGCAUUUAGUCUCCAACACUAGUAAACCACUCUUGUUCAAUUCUCUCUCUCUCACCAAACCCUCACAUUCCUUCACUUCUCUCUAUCUCUCUCUUAAACUUCAUUCUCAUUAGGGUCGGACUAUCCAUUUCAAGACUUGUUAUCAACAUAACAAUGGAUGAGCUAGAGCUAGAGCUUCCUAACCCAAACAUGUUUGCAAGUAACCCGAAUACGAAAACGGGCAAACGGAGCAGAGAAAAUAACAACAAAAACAAUAGCAAGCAUCCGGUUUAUAGAGGAGUCCGGAUGCGGGCAUGGGGCAAAUGGGUAUCCGAGAUCCGAGAACCCAAAAAAAAAUCUCGGAUCUGGCUAGGUACAUUUGCCGACCCGGAAAUGGCAGCACGUGCACAUGACGUAGCAGCACUGACAAUAAAAGGGUCGGCGGCGAUCCUUAAUUUCCCCGAACUCGCCGCCGUUUUGCCACGACCCGACACGUGCUCCCCACGUGAUGUUCAAGCAGCAGCCACAAAAGCUGCUGCCAUGAGCCACCUUAACUCAAUCCCAAUGCAACCCACACCUUCCACGUCAUCAACAUCAUCCUCGAACUCCGCGGUGUCCACGUUGACAUCCACAUCCACGUCAGAUGAGGUGUCAACUGGGGCACCACGGGAGGAUGAGUUGGAUGAGAUAGUUGAGUUACCGAUUUUGGGAGAGGGGUAUGACUCGGCCGAGUCGAGAAACGACUACGUGUUUGUCGACUCGGGGUGGGAGUACUAUUCGUCGACGACAGCAUUCGCAGCGGAUUGGGGCGGCGGUUAUUUCGCCGGCGAGUCCGGCACCUUUCUUACCGACGAGUAUUCAUGGCAACAUUAUUGAGGACGUUCAAAAAUGAAUUUGUGCUUAUUUUUCUUAGUAUAUUUUCGAUUUUAUAAAUUUUGACAAAAUUUGUUUGUGGCCCUUAAAUUAUUGGAAAUUUUUUUAUUUCAAUAUUUUUUGAAAGGGCUAAAGUUUUUAGAUUUAAUUAUGCAUUUAUUUGAUGUUUGUUGUGUAUAACCAAAGGGCCUUCGGUCUAGCAGUAUCAAGGUGUUAGAUAAAACUUUGUUUUUCUAAGUGGUGGGGGUUCAAAUCCCAUUGGUGACCCGUUCAAAAAAAUAAAGGUUACAGAUAAAAAGUCAAAAGAGUCAACGCACCUCCGAUCCCGUAUAGGUUUGGCUGGUUUGCCGAUUUGAACACUGCAAGUUAGAGUGUUUAUAUGUUAUUUGUAUGAAUUUGAUGUUUAAGGAUUGAUUAUUUGAAA